CGAUUCGCUUGCUACUAAGUUUCAGCCGAUCUCCGCUGGUUGGAUAACUCCAUAAAAUCGCUUUGUAUCGGUCAGAGGGAGAGAAAGCAGAGGGGCAGCAGGCUGGGGGUGAAUGAUGUACCGGGAGAGAGAGAGGAGCCGGGGGCGCAGCGGGCAGAGCCCAGAGGAAUGAACUAUGAGCGCAAAGGGCUCAGGGAUUCGGAGUAAGGCGCAGCGGUGCCAGGGCUGGAGGCGCAAUCGCACCCAUUGUAUGCCCUGAUCUGCCUGCACUUUGCACCCUGAAAUCUUCUAUCUUUCCUACAGUCCUUGCCUUUGCGCCAUUCUGCAGCCAACUAACUUACUAACGGUGCGCCCCUGAGCCUUCUCCUGUGGGCAUCAUGGUACCGGCUAGCAGCCUGGAAGAGCUCAGCGGGGAUGGGUCCGACUGCAGCGAAGAAGUGGAAAUCACAGUGAAUGUUGGAGGAAUAAGGCAGGUUCUCUAUGGAGAUGUCCUGAACCGGUACCCAGAGACCAGGCUGGCCGAGUUGGUCAACUGCAUGGCCGGGGGGUAUGAUGCCAUCUUCUCCCUGUGCGAUGAUUACGACCCCGGCAAGAAGGAGUUUUACUUUGACCGCGACCCCGACGCCUUCAAGUGUAUCAUAGAGGUCUACCUGUAUGGGGAGGUCCACAUGAAGAAAGGUAUUUGCCCCAUAUGUUUUAAGAACGAAAUGGACUUCUGGAGAGUGGACUUGGACUUGCUGGAUGACUGUUGCAAGAGCCACCUGAACGAGAAGAACCUGGAGUUGGAGGAGAUAGCCAAGAGAGUGCAAACCAUACUGGAUGAUCUAGGAGGGGACACAUCGGAAAGUAAAUGGAAAAGGUUCCAGAAAUGUCUCUGGAAGUUCAUGGAGAAGCCAGAAUCCUCCUUCCCAGCCAGAAUAACUGCUAUUCUCUCUUUUCUUUUCAUCUUAAUCUCCUCCACUGUAAUGUGCAUAGGGACCAUACCAGAGAUGCAAGUUGAGGACCUGCAGGGCAACCAUGUGGAGCACCCUACUCUGGAUAGCAUUGAGACUGUCUGUAUUGGGUGGUUCACCUUGGAGUACCUACUGAGGCUGAUCUCAUCACCCAACAGGCUACAUUUUGCCCUCUCAUUCAUGAACAUCAUUGAUGUCCUGGCUAUUCUCCCCUUCUAUGUCAGCAUUAUCUUGACUAACCUAGGGGCCACCAUUAUGGGACUCACUAAUGUCCAGCAGGCUAUCCAGGCUCUCAGAAUUAUGAGAAUUGCCAGGAUUUUCAAGCUAGCGCGCCAUUCCUCAGGGCUGCAGACACUAACCUAUGCCCUUAAGAGUAGUUUUAAGGAGCUUGGACUACUAUUAAUGUAUUUAGCCGUGGGGAUAUUUGUCUUCUCAGCCUUGGGAUACACUAUGGAACAGAGUCAUCCUGACACUCUGUUUAAAAGCAUACCCCAGUCAUUCUGGUGGGCAAUCAUCACUAUGACCACUGUUGGCUAUGGAGACAUCUACCCUAAAACCACCCUGGGAAAACUCAAUGCCGCCACAAGUUUUCUCUGUGGGGUUAUUGCCAUUGCCCUCCCAAUCCACCCCAUCAUCAACAAUUUUGUGAAGUACUACAACAAGCAGAGAGUACUGGAGACAGCUACCAAACAUGAACUGGAACUUAUGGAGCUUCAUUCCAACGGUGGGUAUUUGGGAGCCAAUGGAAGUUCUAAGGAGCUGUCUGAAGGCAGAGGUCUGUCGGUCGGAGCUCACAUGAAGGUUUCUCACAGCGAUACAUUCAUCCAGGCUCUGACAGAGGAGAAACACCACAGAACGAGGCUUCAGAGCUGCAAAUAAAACUUAUCAGCUUACUCGAACGCUAAAGAAGCAGCAGUGGUUAAAAAACCCUCCUCAAGGGUUCCGGGGACUAUUGGGUCACAUUUCUUAUACAGCAGCAAAUAAUAUCAGAUGCAAUUCUUUUCCAGAACCAAUGAAAACAUCCAGAUUGUCCCGUGUAAAGACCUACCUAAGUGUCAGUUUUGUGGUAUGUACAGCUAUUUAUGUAUGUGACUUAAAUAAAAGAAAAUGUGUUAUUA